AUGCUGAAUUGCAAUUCGUUCUCGUUUAGGGCUUUUAGUUCUGCAACAGUUCAAGCUGGUCAAUAUGAUACCAAACCUGCAAGUUCAUUUCCUAUGAUGCAUCAUGCAAUUUCCAUGAAUCAUAUUGGGUUCCUAUUAAUGAAGUCAGAACUUCCUCAUACUGUGAGGAACUUCAAGGUUGAGAGACAAAUAAGACACAGGCUUCAAUCUGUUGAAAACAAUGUUGUGUCUGAUGUUUACAAAGAAGAGUCAUCUAUUAUUGAAGAGGAUGAUGAAAAUUGUCCUGUUGAUUGUGUCAGAGAAUUUAAGACUGAUGAGGAAUUUUUAAAAUUCUUAGCGAAGGCUAAGAAAUCUGAUUCAUUAGUUGUGGUAGACUUUUUUCGCAACUCAUGUGGAAGCUGCAAGUACAUUGAACAAGGCUUUACAAAGUUGUGCAAAGGUUCUGGUGAUCAAGGAGCUGGAAUUAUUUUCCUGAAGCACAAUGUGAGAUUUAACUACGCGUGUAUUUAUUUUCCGUUUCAAUUUUUUUUUUUGAUACGUUUACCUUGUGGCAAUUAUUUUCAAUCUUGUUUGUUUCUGAUUUCUGUAUCUUUCUCUACGUGAGUUCCAGGCAAGUUUGUUGAUUUUGGCUGUGUGAUUGAAAAACGUUUUUUCGUGCAUUCUAUUUUGAAUUUAUCUUAUUCCUUGAAAAAAAAAUCUUCCUUUAAAGAUAUUUGAUCCUUUGGGUUCCGUAGCGACAUCACACUGUCCACGUUGUUGGCAGUCUCUGGAUGCUUCUUUAUCAGCAUCAUGCCUGUUGUCAGGUUGGGGAUGCGAUAGCUUUUAAGGGAUGUCAAAGGCCUUGUUAAGGCUCAUUGGCUAGUGGAGAAAGCUACUGAAGCAUAGAAAAUGAACAUGUGCUGGAAAACAUUUGAGAUGUCAUCUGUUUAGGAUUUCCUUGGUGGCUGUGUGUGCUUUUGGCUUGAAUCUCAAUUUAUCAUGAAAAAUUCCAUUGUCAUCAAUUUUGAUUUAAUAUAGCAAAGACCGUGUUUGUUAUCAUCUUAAAAAAUUGGUUUCAUUUGCUCCUAUCACUGAGAAUAAUAUUCUAAUUCGUUGAUGUUAAUCUGUAUCCUUCGGUGACUCAACUCAUCAAUAUCUAACUGGGGGCACCGCACCCCCUAGAAUAGGAUAACUUCUCGAAUGUACCUUUUUGUCUCGUUAUUUGUAAAUAUUAAAUCAUUCAAGUGAAAUGUUUGAUCAAAACCAUGCAAAAGGUGUAGACCUGUAUGCAAUGUUUGGUCAAAACCAUCAUUUUCCAACUGAUGAAAUCUUGAUCAAGUUCUAGUAUAAUCCUAGGACCUGUACUGGUGUGAACAGUAAAUACCAUUGGAAAAGUUUAGAUGCCUGCUAACUCAAUUAGUGAGAUUAAUCAGAUAUCACCGUAUUAUAAACAAUUAAAGGAUUUUUCAUAUGUAUCUCCAUAGUAUGUGAGAAUCUCUAGUUUUUUAAUGUACGUAAAAUUUCCCCAGAUUAUACAGCUCCAUGCCAAAAUUCUGGAAGUGAUAUCUAAUUAGAGAGAGAGGAAAUAUGCUAGAAAAUAACUGCUUGUCCAAUUAUCAGGGCUUUCUUGCGUAUUACAAAAUUUGGAGGUUCUUUUGCAAAUAUAUGGUCACUUUUUUGUGGGCAUGCGACAGUUUAACGUUCAUGUUUAUUCCUCAUAUAUUCCUCGUAAAAGUGUAAGUGUGCAUAUAUAUACUAAUGUUUUUACUGUAGUGAAAGUUUGAAUUUUAUAUUGUUUUAUUCAAGUGGUGAUCGGUUGUAAGUAAUGAUGUGCAUCAUAUAUUAGACAUUUUCCCAUUUGCAAAAUUUUCAGGUUAUUGAUGAAUAUGAUGAACAGACUGAGGUGGCUGAACGACUACGAAUAAGGGUAUGUAGUAGAAAUGUUAUCUAGAGAAACUAGCCAGGCAUUACAUUUGAAAUAUUGUAUCAUGCUCAUGGAUCUUAGAUAGAAAUGCAUUUCUUCCGUUCUUUUAAUGAGGUGUGCAGCUGCUGGCUAAUUGAAUACACACUUCUUGAUGUAAAUAUAUAUAUAGAUAUAACUAUGUCUGUUCCCAUUAACAAUCACCCUCCAAUGGUCUGAAAUCCAUCCCUAAAAGCUCAUCUUUAGGACUUCUGGGAGGAUACUGUUCAGCUUUUUCCCUGGAAAGGCAGGAAGACAAUUUUUGAAUGAGAAGAUAAUGGCAUGAGGUAUCGUAAAAUCUUCUCUCUGGAUGUUGAGAGAAGAUCCCUUGUGGUGUUGGGUGAAGUCUGACAUGGGCAGAGCACCUACACCUCACCAUCUCAACCAUGGGCAGAUUGACUCAAGCUUUGUUGGCAGACUGAUGAUGUGCAUGGCGAGGAUCACCUUAUUGUUAUUGCUUAAUUUUCUUUUGUGGUAAAGCUAGGGCUUGCUCAAGUACCAAGAUUAUGAUUUGUAGGAUUUAUGGCUGAGAAUUUCUUCGCAGCACCAAAUUUUGGAGCUUUUUAAUAGUUUCUUCGCUUAUAGAUCUUCUGUGAGACUGAAUUUGUGAUGGAAGUACUGUUGCUGGUUGUUAGACGGGAGUGUCUUAUUCUCUCAUUAUUAUGAACAAUUGCAGUUCAGCAAGGAUCCUCUUCCUAGCACUCAGAGUUGUUUCAAAAUAGAUAAAGUAUAGCCAGCCAUAACUUGGGCAUCCAUUAAGUGAAGGUUAACAUAAGAACUGUCUUUGGAAAGCAAUCACGUGAUGACAAUUUUCCUAAUUUAGGGCUUCAUGUGGCCGUUACGUAAGUUACGGUGAAGACCGUAGUUGUUGCGUCCGUUCUUAGGGAUAAAUGCGUGUAACGAUUAAGAACAGCCCCUGGGUAUUUUUGCCCGCUAAUCUUAGAACGCUUCAUUAUUACUAAUGCAUUUAAUAGGAUUACCAGAAUUAUGAUGUUGGAAGUUUAGAAGGCGUCUGUGCAGCAGUCAACAGUUAAUUUCUAAUCCUUGUUUUUAAUUUUUCUAUCGUUUUUCUGCUGUAUUUCCUUGAUCAUGAAAUCAGAGAUUCGUCUUAUUCUUUGAUUCCGGUUCAUUGGAAACGGCUACUCCUGGAUUUGAGAACCAAGGUAGAAAUGUGUGCUGCUGAUAGAAGAGCUUAUCCUGAUAUUUCUUCCCAUGUUUUUAUAUUCUUUUAUUUUAUAAAGUUGACCCGCUUGAUCAUCAUGCGGAUGAAAAUUUUCACAUAGCAACAUAGAUUCUUAUUUUCACCAAUUCCCAAAGAAAAACAGGCCCCAGUCUUUUUUGCGGGGGUCAGCUGCCACGUGGAACAUAUAACGUGGCCACCUGGCAGGACUGAAACGUCAACCUGCCGUCAAUUGUUUUUCCAAACAUGGAUGUGAUUCAGUCAUCUUAGGGUUAAAAAAGAGAGAAAAUCUGCAGCCAUUUUUUUAAGAUGCAUGAUGAUAUAUCCUCUCCAUUUUCCUCCUUUCCUAUUAUACGUAACAAUUGAGGGUUCUAAUGAAUCUGAAUUUCGCAGUCUGUGCCACUCUUCCAGUUCUACAAAGAUGGGGUUCUUCUGGAGGCGUUCCCAACCAGGGACAAGGAAAGGAUUCUUGCUGCCAUCCGUAAAUACACGUCAGUUGAUUUCUAA